GGGGUCGCGCGCACUGGGCGUACGCAUGCGCGCACGCGGAUGGUCGGGCUGGGCUGAGAGGGGAGGGGGCGGCGGCGGCGGCGGCGGCGGCAGUAGCCGAGGCGGCGUCUUUAUUUCCGCGGUUCGGACUGUGUGGCGGCGCGAGUGGCCACGGGAGAAGUAGGCAUAAUGGUUAUGAAAGCUUCUGUAGAAGAUGAUGAUUCAGGAUGGGAGCUCAGUACACCAGAAAAGAUGGAAAAAAGCAAUACGAACUGGGUGGACAUAACCCAAGAUUUUGAAGAAGCUUGUCGAGAGUUAAAGUUGGGAGAACUGCUUCAUGAUAAGCUAUUUGGUCUUUUUGAAGCCAUGUCUGCCAUUGAAAUGAUGGAUCCCAAGAUGGAUGCGGGCAUGAUUGGAAACCAGGUUAAUCGAAAAGUUCUCAAUUUUGAGCAAGCUAUCAAGGAUGGCACCAUUAAAAUUAAAGACCUCACUUUGCCUGAAUUGAUAGGGAUAAUGGAUACGUGUUUUUGCUGUUUGAUAACAUGGUUAGAAGGCCAUUCCUUGGCACAGACAGUAUUUACGUGCCUUUACAUUCAUAAUCCAGACUUUAUAGAAGAUCCUGCCAUGAAAGCUUUUGCUCUGGGAAUCUUGAAAAUCUGUGACAUUGCGAGGGAAAAAGUAAAUAAAGCUGCUGUUUUUGAAGAGGAAGAUUUUCAGUCGAUGACUUACGGAUUUAAAAUGGCUAACAGUGUGACAGAUCUUCGAGUUACAGGCAUGCUAAAAGAUGUGGAGGAUGAUAUGCAAAGAAGAGUAAAGAGUACUCGAAGUCGACAAGGAGAAGAAAGAGAUCCAGAAGUUGAACUAGAACACCAACAAUGUUUAGCAGUAUUCAGCAGAGUGAAAUUUACUCGAGUGUUACUGACAGUGCUUAUAGCCUUUACUAAGAAAGAGACCAGUGCUGUUGCAGAAGCUCAAAAAUUGAUGGUUCAAGCAGCAGAUCUUCUUUCUGCCAUUCAUAAUUCAUUGCAUCAUGGCAUCCAGGCCCAGAAUGAUACUACAAAAGGAGAUCAUCCAAUUAUGAUGGGUUUUGAGCCUCUUGUUAACCAGAGACUACUUCCACCCACCUUCCCUCGAUAUGCAAAAAUAAUUAAAAGAGAAGAAAUGGUCAACUAUUUUGCAAGAUUAAUAGAUAGAAUAAAAACUGUCUGUGAGGUGGUCAAUUUGACAAAUUUACAUUGUAUCCUGGAUUUUUUCUGUGAAUUUAGUGAACAAUCACCUUGUGUUCUUUCACGAUCUCUAUUACAAACCACUUUCCUGGUGGAUAACAAAAAGGUCUUUGGAACCCAUCUCAUGCAAGACAUGGUGAAAGAUGCACUCCGGUCUUUUGUCAGUCCUCCGGUGCUCUCCCCAAAAUGCUGCCUAUAUAAUAAUCACCAGGCUAAGGACUGUAUUGAUUCCUUUGUUACUCACUGUGUUCGGCCAUUCUGUAGUCUUAUUCAGAUCCAUGGACAUAACAGGGCUCGGCAGAGAGACAAGCUUGGUCAUAUUCUUGAGGAAUUUGCUACCUUGCAGGAUGAGGCAGAGAAGGUUGAUGCAGCCCUUCACACUAUGCUGUUGAAACAGGAGCCCCAGAGGCAGCAUUUGGCCUGUUUAGGUACCUGGGUCCUUUACCAUAACCUCCGAAUUAUGAUACAGUAUCUUCUAAGUGGCUUUGAAUUGGAACUCUACAGCAUGCACGAGUACUAUUACAUAUACUGGUAUCUCUCUGAAUUCCUAUAUGCAUGGCUGAUGUCGACAUUAAGUCGUGCCGAUGGCUCUCAGAUGGCAGAGGAAAGGAUAAUGGAAGAGCAGCAGAAAGGCCGUAGUAGUAAAAAGACAAAGAAAAAGAAGAAAGUUCGCCCAUUGAGCCGAGAAAUCACAAUGAGCCAGGCAUAUCAGAACAUGUGUGCCGGGAUGUUUAAAACCAUGGUAGCAUUUGACAUGGAUGGCAAAGUACGAAAACCCAAGUUUGAGCUCGAUAGUGAACAAGUUCGAUAUGAGCACAGAUUUGCCCCAUUUAACAGUGUGAUGACACCACCACCAGUGCACUAUCUGCAGUUCAAGGAAAUGUCUGACCUCAAUAAAUACAGCCCUCCUCCGCAGUCUCCAGAACUAUAUGUGGCAGCUAGUAAGCACUUUCAGCAGGCAAAAAUGAUACUGGAAAAUAUCCCAAACCCGGACCAUGAGGUCAGUAGAAUUUUAAAGGUUGCCAAACCCAACUUUGUGGUUAUGAAGUUGCUGGCAGGAGGACACAAGAAGGAAUCUAAGGUUCCGCCUGAAUUUGAUUUCUCUGCUCACAAAUAUUUUCCUGUUGUGAAACUUGUUUGAGAAAGACUGAAAAGGCCACCAAAGGGGUGGAAUCUGCGAUCAGAUUCUACUCUUAGAUGAUCUGUCAUCAGUCUUACCACAUAAGUGAAGUGAAAGUUCUUGGAUAACAACCCAUUAUAAGGAAUACUUUUAAUUUGACAGCCUUAUAUGACAUGAAUGAAAACUGCUGUUUUAAAGUGGUUUAUUAUGUUCCAUGGAUGAAACUGGUCUUAUUGAAUGCAUUGAUGAACGUUAUAUGGUUUUAUUACAGAUUUAAUCAUAAAUCAUUUUUUAUGAAUGAGUGAAAAUAGUGUUUGUAAAGGUUAAUAAAUUUCUUGACAAAAAAUGCACUACUGGAGAUGAAAAACAAUAGCACUUUCUUGAUACAUGGUAAGAACUGAAGGUGUUUACUCUUAACAUUUGAGUAAUUCAAAUGAUCUAAAAAGUUUGAAAUCAAGGGAUUAAAUGCUCACACGGGAUUUUAGGAAAAUAUAUUUAAAAGUGAUUUUGAAGGGACCACUAAGCUCUAAGGGGAGACUAAAUUAUAUGGUGAAUGUGAUUUUGUGUGUCAUGGUAUCUUAAAUAUACCUAUAACUUGAGAAAAAGGGCUUCAUCUUUCCAGCUCCUGCUCAGUUAAUGGGAUGUGGAUCUUUUAAAAAAAAAAAAAUGUAGAAGACAUCCUGGAGAGAGCUGGGGAAAAAACGGAAGAGUGUAGUCAAAACAAGGCCUGUAGGGCAGUAGGAAGGCAGUCUUUAAACGUAGAGACACUUAGGAGUUCCUGUUGUGGUGCAGCAGAUAUGAAUCUGACUAGUAUCCAUGAGGGUGCAGGUUCGACCCCUGGCCUCUCUCAGUGGGUUAGGGAUCUGACGUUGCCAGGAGCUGUGGUGUAGGUCACCGACAUGGCGUGGAUCUGGCAUGGCUAUGGCAGAGGCCAGCAGCUACAGCUCUGAUUUGACCACUAGCCUGGGAACCUCCAUAUGCCACAGGUGCGCCCCACCCCCCCAAAAAAAGGGUACAGACACUUGAUGGUUAGAACACAAGACACCAGGAGUGCAGAGGAACUUGGAAGUAGGAACUUGGGGGGUGGCAAGUUGGAGUCUGGUAGCUUUGCCCCUAAACAGUUUGCUUCAGCUGAUGAAACUCACUUGUCAGAUAUUUACAAAUCAAUCUUGUGCUUAGAGCUUGUUCCAGCUCCAAGAAGAGUAGGGAACUAGAACUGGUUGCUUUUGCAGUAAGGAACCAUAAAAUACAAUUUGGAAUGAUUAAAUAUUUUCAUUAUCCUGCAGU